AUGUUCAAGAAAGAUUUGACACCCGGCGCCAAAAGCAAGGUCAAGUCAUCGGCCCAGCGCGCCAUCCGCGCAAAGGCCAUUGAGACCUACCCCCGCCUUGAGCCCUACAUGGAUGAGAUUAUGCCCAAGAAGGAACAGAUCGAUCUUGUCAAGGUACCUGACCGUGUGUCUCUCUACGUCCUCGGAUCCACUCCUCUGUUCUGGCAACACAUGGACGACCCUCUGAUACCUCACCUCUCCCUCGUCCACAAAUACCCUCAAUGUUUCGACAGGAUACGCAUCGACCGUGGUGCCAUUCGUUUCGUUCUUUCCGGCGCUGCUCUCAUGGUACCCGGUCUGACAUCUCCUGGUGGUCGUCUGCCUGAUCCUUCAGUCAAGGAGGACGAUAAGGAGGCUAACGAUGGCUAUGGAGGAAAAGAGCUGCAAGCUGGUGAUAUCGUUGUCGUUGAGGCUGAGGGCAAAGAGAAUGCCUGUCUGGUCGGUGUACUGAAGAUGAGCACUAAGGACAUGAAGGAGAAGAAGAAGGGUGUUGGUCUUGAGAACGGCCACUACCUUGGCGAUGGUUUGUGGAACCUGUCUCUCUAGACAACAGAGGCAUUGCAAUUUUGACAUGACUGCAU